UAGAACGUGUACGUCAGGUUUAGUUGAGGCACGUAACGGUAUGGGCGUGGCUUACUCUCAGUCCCUAUCGCUGCUGACGUCCAAGGUAUUGCUGCUUGAAAGAAGCUGAGUGAAGCACAUGUUAGCCAUGAUGUGACUGAAACUGUUCAAGGUCAUUCAACUAGUCAGGAUCUCGACGAAACCAAAAGCAUGAACCAGACUUAUUCAAAGUUAUCAAAUGGAUUCAUUCUGCCUAAGGGCAAAGUGACCCCAAAUACGCUGUUUGUGGGAGGGAUUGACAUGAUGGUUAAUGAAAAUGAAAUACGAGACUUCUUUGCAAAAUUCGGCACUGUGAGGGAAGCGAAAAUUAUCAAAGACCGUGGAGGCAUCUGCAGAGGUUAUGGCUUUGUGUACUUUAACAAAGAGGUCAACAUUGAGUCAAUUGUUGAGCAACAGAUCAGUUUUAAAGGACGGAAACUCAAGCUGGGUCCUGCAAUCCUGAAGGAAAGACGCCCACGUCCAAUUGUUUCUCAUCUAGUUGGACCGACUACUUGGACAAGUCCCUCAGGUUACGUCUACUGUCCUUGCUGCUCGCCUGUGGGAGGAGGGAUGACUCAACCCUCACCCAUCCCCAGUGGAAGGACCCACUAUAAUCAGCCGUACUCCUACAACAACUUUGGAGAGGUGGUGUUUCCUCUGAUGUCCACGAACUACUCACAUGGUCCUUAUUAUCAGCCCCUCACCAUGCAGUACACCACAGCUCCCUGGACUCCAGACCGACCGACACAGCUUUUCAAUCAGAGCUUUGUGGACUGUGGAGUCCAGACUGUGCUGUAGUUUUUAGCUACUGAGCCCCGUGGCAGAUGCAGGCCGCGGUGGCUUUUGGGAAUCGGAGCGCAGACGAGAUGACAUCUGUGGUUCUGGACGUCUGGGAGCAUCCCAACUUUCCAGAGGGCCUUUGCUCUUCCCUGUCUCUGCUUUAGUUUGAGCUAUUUUAACAUCGGACAGCUUUCUGCUUCAGCUGAUCCCAGCCAUUUUACCCAGGAAUGAUGAGGCUGAUCUGUGAUCAGAUGCUUUUAACUCACACAGAUCACAGUGACUAUCGUACAUGAAGAGUUUCUACCAGCUGACACAAGGGGUCACUUUAGUUGUUCUGUUUUUUCUAAUACCGGAGAAUGAAAAGACUUAGACUCACAUUUUGGUGUGUACUUCUAAUUUAUUUAUGUUUUCACUUGUUUAUUUCAGUUUCUUUAUGUGGGUUUUGCUCCUGGUUAAAGGCUCUGCACGUUUCUAUGUGAAUAUUAUAAACGUCUGGACAGCAGUCUGGUUGUUUUCUACACUGGAGAUGUUCUGGUUCAUUAUAAUGCUUCUGUGAUUACAAUCUUUUAUUCACUUUUCUACUCAAACACAAGAAGGAUCAAACAUUGAUUUUAAACUGUUCACUGUUCACGUUGUUACUGUAACUCGGCAGCCUAUUUUAUAUUUCAAAAGUGCGGCACUUGUUGGAAUGUUAACCUGGUGUUUGGUGUGCUUUACUUUUAAACCCACUAUUUAGGAUGUUUUCCCUGAUUAUUUGCUUUGAUAAUAAAGAUUGAAUUUGUUA